UGGGCUGAGGCUGGGUAUGGGUAGGGGUAUGGGCGCGAGAGUACGACUGAUAGAGGUGGAUUGUUUGGUGUUUUUCUGGGUUUUUGGUUACGGUUUGUUUUGUUUUUGUUUAUCUACAGCGAAGAUGGGAUGGGAUAUGGAGGGACAUGAAAUCGGGAACUCGACAAGGGAUCGGAAUGUCCAGCAUGCUCGCCUUCGGGCUCGAGAUCGGACGGGAACGGGAACGGGACGGGAACGGGAACGGGAACCGGAAGGGGAAUGGACAGGGGUGGGGAUUUUCGCUGAAGGCUUUCCUUUGUACGGGAUUUCUUUUGUAUGGGGAUUCUUUUGUUGGAUUGGGUUGGGUCUUUCAUGUGCUUUCUUUUGUUUGAUUGGCUUCAUUUGUCUCUUUUGUUUACAGCGGGCAUUUUAGUUUUUGUUUGGUUUUUUGUUUGUUUCUGGCUUUUGUUAUGGUUUUCUGAGUUUUCGCGAUGUAAUUUCUGCUUUUAAUUUUAGUUUUCUGUUCGCGAUUUCAAUCGUCUUGUCUUAUUUUGUCUUUGUCUUGUCUUGGUUUUUAGUUUGGUUUUGGAUUUAUUCGGGCGAGACGAUAAUGAAAAAUAUAUUCUCGAAAUAUUACUUUUUCGUUUUCUGUCUCGACCGCUGUGAACUCACUGUGAGAUCGAGAUCACUAUGAUGGCUUCUGUAAUGUAGCACUAAAGAGAAAAGCAAAAGCGAGCG